AUGUCGUAUCCGCCAAUCGCUCCGUCUACCCAGGCUCCCACCCCUCCGCCAUCGAUAACGGCUACUUCAGACGAAAAGUUUAAACCAAAAAAUAAAAAAGGCCGCAAACCGUGCACGAAGGCAAUAGAGAAGACUAAAUCGCAGGAUUCCUCAAGCCCGAUCAAAAAAGGGGAAAGGUUGCACAAGAGGUCUCGGUCAGGCUGUUUUACCUGCCGUCUCCGAAGGAAAAAAUGCGACGAAAGCAAACCUGUCUGCAAGGCCUGCAGGAACCUCAAGUUGAAAUGCGAAUACAAACGGCCAAUGUGGUGGGCAAACAACGACCAACGAAAAAGUCACAAGGAGUUGAUCAAAGAACUCAUCAAGAACACCAAGUUGAAUGAAAGGGGCGUUCCGUCCUCCGCUGCGCGCUCGGUGGCUUACAAUUACACUCCACCGGGCCUGUCGCAUUCGGUGCACACACCGGAUACGUUCGUGGACGGAAUGAUCGAGACUCGCGACCCAUCCUUAGAACCGCAAUAUCCGCUGGAACACAAGUUCGGUCAAUGUCACGGCCAAAACCCCUUUGACUCUCUCGAUUCUCUGGAUUCUCUUGACCCUCACACGCCCCUUUUCGAGACUGCGCCGUUGUGGACCGCCGCUGCGCCAUACGAGAUUGAUAUCAAAACGGAGAGCGAGAUAUACGUGAAUGACAUACCCACCCGACGGGAAUCUACUAUAUCCACCUUUAGCAUGUUCCAGCCUCCUUUGCCGCACUCCAUGUUACCCCCUCUCUCUGACGAUAGGUGGUCACAGGAGGAAUUUCUUCAGGGCCAUCAGGAAUCUUUCUUCACAGAAGGCUCUGAUUACAGUCCUUUCCAAUUUCCACAUGCGCCCGUCCACAUUUCCACAAUUCACGUCGAAGAUCGAGACCGUCCGUUGCUGGAUCACUUCUUUGAAAAGGUGGUCCGUCUGAUCUUUCCGAUUCUUGAAGCGAACCGUCCUGGUGCUGUGCGCUCAGAAGUCAUACUACCCGCGAUCGAGUCAAACAAGUGCUAUCUACACUGCUGUCUCAGUAGCACCGGCGUGCACUUGAAAGCCACACAGCAGCUGAACAGUGAAUCGAUCGAUAACGAUAUUUUGAGGCAUCGUUACCAAACCGUCUCGGAGCUUUGUAAAGCGCUGAACGACGAUACUAACCACAGCGAUAUCCUAGAAGCCACGUUGGCUAUGAUCUUCUUCCAAUGCUCCGUUGGUCGCCCAGAUGAUUCGCUCCCCGACAUUCCCUGGCACCAGCAUUUCCAAGCAGCGACUAGCCUGAUUCACAAACUAGAUCUUUCUCGCCAGUUGAUCGAAGUGGAUCAAGUAAAUAUACACCCGCCAUUCAACAUGACCCUUGCUGCUUGGAUCGAUAUUUUGGGUUCUACAAUGCUUGGCCAAAUGCCGCAAUUUGCCCACACGUAUCGAACUAAACUCUUCAACGGAUCGAGCUCAGGGUUAAGUGACCUCAUGGGCUGCGAGGAUCGAAUCAUGUAUCUAAUCGCCGAAAUCUCAUGCCUCGACGCUCUCAAAACCGAAGGAAGAAUCGACCACCUCGGACUCUGCGGCCACAUUACCACCCUCGCCAAACAACUCGAUCAAGCCGAACCGCGGCCAGAAUCCCUCAUCGACUGCUGCGCUGACGGUACAUUUCAACCGCGCCAACUCUCAAAAAAUAUGACCGCACUCUUCUGCAUUGCCGCACGGAUAUAUCUCUGCAGCCUCGUCCCCGGCUUCCAACGCUCCCAGCCCAGCACCCUCAAUCUUGUCUCCCGCGCCGGCGAGCUCCUCGACCUCAUCCCUGGCGGACCCGACGGCUUCGACCGCUGCCUAGUCUGGCCUUUACUCAUCUGCGGCUCUUACUCGGUUCCCAAUAGCUCGUUCCGUGCCGUGCUCGCAAGACGCAUGGAGCAGCUGUGUGAGCAGGCGGAGUUUGGAAGCUUUGGGCGCAUGGUGCGGCUGCUUCAGGAGGUCUGGAGGGAGGCAGACAGCUUUGCGAUGGCGGAGAGUGAGCAGGCCAGGAGUAUGAGUCCGCACGGUGGAGUUGUGAUCAAGACGGAGGAUGGCGCUCAGCACGAGAUGAUGGCGAUAGCGACCCCGAUGAAUGAUUCUGGUGCUCCUGCUGUGCAUUGGAGAGAUGUGAUGCAAAAGAGAGGGUGGGACUUCCUGUUGAUAUGA